UAAUACUCAUUUUCUCUCUCUUCCAGAUAAAACGUGAUUGUGUUCGACGGGAUUUGUUUUUCGCAGCGUCGUCCUCCAUUGUGAGAUUUUAGUCAAUCAUUCAUUGAUUCAAGUGUUCUAGGUGAAAAUCAGAAACAGUUCAUCCACAAACUUGAUCAUUUCGAUUGCUAAAAGGUUGGUUACAGAUGAUACCAUUUAACCUGAGGUAACAAGAAUUGACAGUGAGCACAUGAACCUCCAUUAUCACAGAUGAAUGUGCAGGCACAUAUGUCUGGGCAGACUAAUCAAGCUGCCUCUCAGAUGCCUGUUCUAGCUCAGCAAAACGGAAGUUCUGUUCCCAACCAAAUUCAAAAUUUAGGAAUCCACCGAAAUGCAAUGGAACCAGAUAUACUUAAAGCUCGCAGGUUUAUUCAAGAGAAGAUCUAUGACUUGCUUAUACGUCGGCAGCAGACUUCUUACGAGAUGCAGCCAAAUAGGGUACUUGAUAUUGUAAAGCGUUUGGAAUAUGGGCUCUAUAGAAGUGCUGCUACUAAGGAAGAGUAUUUGAACUUGGACACUUUGGAGACUCGAAUACAUGCUUUUAUCAAACGUACCUCUUUAAGCAGCCUUAAUCAGCAAUUUCAUCAAGUUGUCAAGUCAUCUUCUUCCUCCAUUGGGCCAAUGAUUCCAACUCCUGGUAUGCCCCGCGUUGGGAACACGAGCUUGGAGAUCUCACCAUCUGUGGAUUCUACCAUGGUUCCAUCUACUAGUGGUAAUAUCUUAGCUGCCACAGGGACUUUAGAUUUGUCUAAUGCUUACCAACAAUCUUCUUCCAAAUUUUCCGUCAGUUCCAAUGGAAACAUUUUGUCAAAAGGUGUUCAAACGACGCCAACUCAAAUGAUUCCAACCCCUGGAUUUAGUAGUAUGAAUAAUCAUAAUACAGUGGAGUCCCAGCCACCUCAGCAAAAUCAGAAUGUUAGUGGUCAAAACUUGGGGAUGAUGCAAAAUACUAGCAGCCGCACAGUCAGCGGACGGAGAUCUAGCUUGCAGAAGAAAUCUCGUGGAUAUCCAAAUGGUCCAGCUACUGGGCUUUUGGGUAUGGCAGGAAGCCAUUUGCAAACAGUCAAUGGUCCUGUAACUUCUGAUGGUUAUACGACAGACAUUGCUUAUAGUGAUUCAUCCAAGCAUUCACAGCAACACCAUGGUAAACAACAAAGAUCAUUGAUUAAGGGUGAUGGAUAUGAGGUCAUCCCUUCCAAUUCUUCUGGCUAUGGUGUUGGAGUUUUAGAUGGAUCGAUGAACCAGAAAAAAAGUCUUGCUCCAUCUAUUUCCAGAACUGAAUCCUUGAAGACCAGCAUGUCCAAUUUGCCCAAUAUUCAGCAGGUUGCAACUUCUCAACCUGAAACUGUGAACCAUUUACAGUCUCAUAAUCAUCAGCAGUUUCAGAUGCAGCCUCAGCAGCUCAAGCCACAAAUUUUCCUGCGUAAGCAGAAACAACAUAAUCAGCAGCACCAUGCUAUGACGAGAACUGAUAGCUUGGGCCGGCCUCAAAUGAAUCCUGACAUUGAUAAUCAAACAGAGCCUGAUCUCGAAAUUGAAUGUCAAGAUGGUAUUCUGCGGUCUGGGGUUUCAGAGCAGUUCAAAAUUUCUGAAAUGCAGACACAGUUCCAGCAGACAGAUGAUCAAUCUAGAGGCUCACAAUUCAUUCCAGUUCCAUCUGUCUCACAAGAAAUAUGCCCAUCACUAGAUCAAACUACGCAGCAGAUGCAAGAUCUUUUACACCCUGAGCCAUUGAUAGACACUCGGAAUGUUUUCAGUUCUAUUCAUAAUCAAGAACAAAGAGACGCGGCAUUACAUAGUCAUUUGAAUUUCAAGUCUGAAGAGAUGUCUGAGAUACCAGGGAACUCAAAACAGGAGCUAACCAUCAAAGAACAAUUUCACCAGAGAAUUCAUGGGCAAGAUGAAGCUCAAAGCAACUAUUUCCCUUCAGAAACUAACCAAGCAACCGAUCCUAGAACAACAGAGGCCCCAAACUCGGAUGCUCCAGCCUGCCGACCCAAUAGUCCAAAUCGCGAUAGGCAGUUCAGGUAUCAGUGGAGAUGGUUACUGUUUCUGAGACAUGCUCGCCGAUGUACUGCUCCAGAAGGAAAAUGCCCAGAAGUUAACUGUAUAUUAGCUCAAAAACUCUGGAGGCACAUGGCUGCAUGUAGUUCAUCUCAAUGCACAUUUCCUCGUUGUGUUAAUAGUAAGAAAUUACUUACUCAUCACAAGAAUUGCAGGAACCCUACCUGUCCUGUCUGUAUUCCUGUCAAGAAAUAUGUAGACCAACAACUAAAAGCUCGUGUUCGCUCUGGCCUGACAUGCUCAGUUGGUGACUCAUCCAAAUCCUGUGAUGCUGGAGUACCAACCACUGGCUCAGUUUCAAUGAGUCAACCAGUUGCUGGGACUUCUGAUGACGGUCAACCUGCUUUAAAACGCAUAAAAAUUGAGCAGCAUGAUCAGUUGAUUUUACAUAAUGGUGAAAGUUCUUUUGCAUCACUUCCUUCCGGUGAUGAAUGUAUAGAAACAAAACCUAAGGUCUCAGAAUUGAAAGUGGAUAUUCCUUUGUUAUCAGGCCAAGCCAGUUCAUUUAUGACAAAAGAUACUCUGGAUGAUGUCUGUACGGAAAAUAAGCCUUCCAGUGAACCUAUGUUAAGGGAUGACCAUGUUUCUGAAACCAUUAAGGGUGAAAAAGAGAUGGCCCAACCCAAAGAAGAAAAUAUGACAUUACCUGGUGAAACUUCUUCCAUGACAAAGCCUGGAAAGCCAAACAUAAAAGGAGUAUCAUUGGUGGAAUUGUUUACAACAGACCAAGUUAGGCAGCAUAUACAAGGCCUCAGACAGUGGGUUGGCCAGAGUAAAAUAAAAGCUGAGAAGAAUCAAGCGCUGGAGCACUUUAUGAAUGAAAACUCAUGUCAGCUGUGUGCAGUUGAGAAGUUGACUGUUGGACCUCCACCUAUAUAUUGUUCACCAUGUGGUGCUCGCAUUAAAAGAAAUGCAAUGUACUAUACUGUAGGAGCUGGUGAUACACGUCACUAUUUCUGUAUGCCAUGCUAUCAUGAGUCCCGCGGGGAAACUAUACUAGUUGAUCAUAUUGCUAUUCCAAAAUCAAGGAUGGAAAAAAAGAAAAAUGAUGAAGAGACUGAAGAGGGGUGGGUGCAGUGUGAUAAAUGUGAGGGUUGGCAACAUCAAAUAUGUGCAUUAUUUAAUUGUCGGAGGAAUGAUGGAGGACAAGCUGAGUACACUUGUCCAAACUGCUAUAUGGAAGAAAUUAACAGAGGUGAAAGGAAGCCCCUACCACAAAGUGCUGUUCUUGGUGCAAAGGAUUUACCAAGAACAAUCCUCAGUGACCAUAUUGAGCAGCGUUUGUUUAGACGGCUGAAGCAAGAAAAGCUAGAGAGAGCAAAGCUUCAGGGAAUAAGUUGCGAUGAGGUUGCCAGUGCUGAAGCACUUGUAGUGAGAGUUGUAUCAUCUGUUGACAAGAAAUUGGAAGUGAAGCCAAGAUUUCUUGAGAUUUUUCAAGACGAAAAUUAUCCAAAAGAGUUCCCAUACAAGUCCAAGGUGGUAUUAUUAUUUCAGAAUAUUGAAGGGGUUGAAGUAUGCCUAUUUGGCAUGUACGUUCAAGAAUACGGGUCAGAGUGUCAACAGCCAAACCACCGCCGUGUCUAUCUAUCCUAUUUAGAUUCUGUCAAGUACUUCAGACCUGAGGUUAAAGCUGUAACAGGAGAGGCCCUUCGCACCUUUGUUUACCAUGAAAUACUGAUUGGAUACUUGGAAUACUGCAAGAAACGCGGUUUCACUAGUUGCUAUAUCUGGGCUUGUCCUCCAUUGAAGGGUGAAGACUACAUUUUAUAUUGCCAUCCAGAAAUUCAGAAAACACCAAAAUCAGAUAAACUGAGGGAAUGGUACUUGGCCAUGUUAAAAAAAACAUGGGAGGAAGGUAUUGCGGUUGGCCUGACCAAUCUGUAUGAUCAUUUCUUUACAACAACUGGAGAAUGCAAGGCUAAGGUAACUGCUGCCCAGCUUCCUUAUUUUGAUGGAGAUUACUGGCCUGGGGCUGCAGAGGACAUGAUCUAUCAGCUUCACCAAGAAGAAGAUGGCAAGAAGCUACUUAAGAGAGUACCAAGCAAGAAGAGCUUAACAAAAAGGUCUUUGAAAGCAUCCGGGCAAUAUGAUCUUCCCCCAAAUACAUCAAAAGAUUUGUUGCUGAUGAGUAAGCUUGGUGAAACAAUUUUAACAAUGAAGGAAGAUUUUAUCAUGGUUCAUUUGCAACAUGCUUGCACACAUUGCUGUGUAUUAAUGGUAUCGGGGAAUCGCUGGGUUUGCAGUCAAUGCAAAAGUUUUCAGAUUUGUGACAGUUGUUACGAGGCUGAACAGAAACUUGACGACAAAGAUAAACAUCCAAUCAAUCUGAGGGAGGCACAUAUCCUUUAUCCUGUGGAAAUAACAGAUGUACCCAACGAUACCAAGGAUAAAGAUGAUGUUCUUGAGAGCGAAUUCUUUGAUACAAGACAAGCGUUUUUGAGUCUCUGCCAAGGAAACCAUUAUCAAUAUGAUACUCUACGUCGAGCCAAACACUCUUCCAUGAUGGUCCUUUACCAUCUUCACAACCCUACUGCCCCUGCAUUUGUUUCUACUUGCAACACUUGUCAUCUAGAUAUUGAUGUGGGUCAAGGAUGGCGAUGUGAAAUCUGCCCUGAUUAUGAUGUAUGCAAUUCUUGUUAUGUCAAAGAUGGAGGGACAAUUCAUCCUCACACGUUGACUAAUCAAUCAUCUCUAGCUUAUCGUGAUGCACAGAACAAAGAAGCCAGGGAACUAAGAGUUUUGCAGCUUAGGAAAAUGCUCGAUCUUCUGGUGCAUGCAUCUCAAUGUCGAUCUCUGCAUUGCCAAUACCAGCAUUGUCGCAAAGUGAAGGGGCUUUUUCGUCAUGGAAUACAAUGCAAACUACGUGCAUCUGGUGGUUGUUUGCUUUGUAAGAAGAUGUGGCAUCUUCUUCAUCUUCACGCCCGAGCUUGCAAGGAAUCUGAGUGUAAUGUACCUCGAUGCAGGGAUUUGAAAGAACAUGCUAGAAGAUCGCAACAUCAAUCAGAUUCUCGACGAAGGGCUGCAGUUAUGGAGAUGAUGAGGAAAAGGGUGGCUGAGGUUUCCGGCAAUUCAGGUUCAUGACAUGGGUUUUGUAUGUAAGUUCAUCAAGCAAGAAACUCGACUAAAGCUGUUGGUCUGGCCGAUUUUUGGGAGAUAGGGUUCGGGCAGGAAAUUGCAUAAUCGGGUCUCUUGGAAUCAUGAAGAAAUCCAAUGGUAAUGAAAUGGUUGAGGUAAGGUGCCUAAUGUUCUGAUUGGGAUUUCUAACUGUUCCCAGUUGAAAAAGGAGGAAGCUUUGUGAAAUAGUUGAGAAGUAAUGCGGUUCUUGGUUCUUGAUUUUGCAAUUCUUUAAUUUUGAGUGCUCGAUUGUAGCUGAUAUAUGGAGGUGAAUUGCUUUCAUUAAUUUUGUACUAGAUGUUUCAUGUACCCUUAUAUAGUCAUGAAUCUCAUGAUUACCUUGUACACUAUACCUUAUUUUCUUCUUCUUUUCAA